UUUCAACUUUCGGUUGUGACUACCAGACCGUUCAAUAUCCGAGCGCAAUAAAUCAGCCACUUCCUCAGACUCGUGCUUUUCUAUCCGCUAGUGGAAAUGCCGCAAGCGGACGACGCAAAUGUUCGUUACGCCAUGCGACAGCUCUUUGGGGGCGCCAUUGAGGUGUUCCUACCCAUCGACUUGAUCGAUUCCAGUGACAUCCGCCAGAUCCCAGAUCACCAAGAAGUCUUCCUUUCCCCCACCACCCUCACGUCUGUGAUAUUCGAGAUCAACUCGUACGUCAACAUCGCCGAGACACAACAAGCCACAAACGAUGGCAUCACUCCCGCAACCAGUAGCACACCAGACCUCGCUGCUGCUGCCCACCAUUUCACGGACGUCAUUGCCCCCCCGGACACCCUCACUGCAACACUGCCUCCCGCCAGGUCAGUCAUAAUGACCAGAGACAGCCUAAACCGGUUCCCGGCCUACGUCCUGGCUGGAACCAUUACCACCUACGAGACCAGACGAUCAGGGAACCAUGCUUCAGCAACACCAACGAAUCAACCCACCUCAUCUCUCCCCGAAAGCUCCUUGGUACAUCAACUUCAGCUCCUUGUUCGUCUCCCUCAAUACGCCACCGACCUCUGUGUGAGGAUCAACGUUCCAACCAAGCUGGUCGCGGGUUCCAGCAACAUUGAUGUCUCAUCCGCCAAUCAGCUCGACGUCGAACGUGAGGAGGCCUAUGCCGUACAACUCCUUCACAAGAUCAUCAAUACCAUGGAGGUACAGGACUUUGGACUUUUUGGGGCAGAGGCAGACAAUGUUCACGAUCCUGGCUGGUAGUGAAACGUUAGAGCCAACGUAUGUACGCAAUUAUGCGAAUGACGACAUGGACCUAUUUCUUCGAAAAGAAAUGAGCUCAACCGAUGACGGGGUUGGAGCGAGGCAUGGAAGUAGCGUCAAAUUCCUGACAUGCAAUUUCAAUCAUUCAAUGAAGAAUGCAUGAAUCAGGACUGGAUACCCAGCGGAAGGACAACAUCCACCGCAGAAAUAAUGUGGUCAACCACAACUAGUGUAGAAUAG